GAUUGUCGCGCCGCCAACCGGGACCACGUAGGAGUACACGUUACUUUUUUUUGUGUCUAUUUUGACUAAUUAUGCAUCGAAUUGAAGCUCUGAAAUGAAGGGAAAUGAAUGGACACCAGAGGUAUAAUUUUCGUCGGGUCUGUCUGGCGAAGAAAUGCACACUGAAGGGCGUUUACCAUGUUUUUUCCAGUGUGUUUUCACUAACAGGUAGUGAGCUUCAACGGUCAGUCAGUGUAGCUCUAAAAGGAGACUGAAUAUCCCGCUUUGUAAUCUCUUUGACAGCCUUUUUUAACUCCUCUUCGGAUCCACCGAGGCUUUCAAGAAACACAACAACCCCCCACCUCUCUCUCUCUCCCAGAAAUAUGGACAAUGUGUUGUCUUUUCGGAGUAGUUUUCUGAAUUUGUAACAGAUUUCCGCCACUGACAUGAAGAAGGAGGACGGUGUGGAUUAGGAUCUUUUUCCUUUUUCUUUUUCUUUUUUUUUUUGUUUUUUUUGUUUUUGUUUGGGGCUUCACCCUCCUCACCUCAAUGUGGGCUCUAAAGGACUUCUUCCUCUUCAGCGGUUUGAAAUGAAAUGAUGGCAGCACGUUGGAGUGAUUCACCACAGGACAAUGAAGAGAGUAAACACAGAGCCAUAACUCCGUCUUGCGAGGCCAAGCAGAAGGAUGGGCGCGAUCAGAGCGAGGCGUCGGCUACGGCUUCUCCGGGGGCAGAGGAGGAGCCUUUCUCCUGGCCGGGGCCCAAAACGCUCCACCUGCGCCGGACCUCUCAGGGCUUCGGCUUCACGCUACGACACUUCAUCGUCUACCCGCCCGAGUCUGCCGUCCACAACUCUCUGAAGGAUGAAGAGAACGGCAGCCGAGGGAGACAGAGGAACCGUCUGGAGCCAAUGGACACCAUUUUCGUCAAGCAAGUGAAGGAGGGAGGCCCCGCCCACGGAGCUGGACUCUGUACAGGGGAUCGGAUAGUGAAGGUCAACGGAGAGAGCAUCAUCGGAAAGACCUACUCGCAGGUCAUAGCCUUGAUCCAAAACAGUGAUGCCUCACUGGAACUCUGUGUGAUGCCAAAGGAUGAGGACAUUUUGCAGCUGGCGUAUUCCCAGGAUGCAUACCUCAAAGGAAAUGAGGCAUACAGCGGAAAUGCCCAGAACAUCCCAGAGCCCCCUCCCAUAUGCUACCCUCGGAUAGAAGUCAAGGCCGCGGGCAUGGCCCAGGCAUCAGAGCCCGCCACAGUCAGUGAGACCCCCCGAGGGCCGGCUCAGGGACCAGGAAGACGUGGGGGGGCGACAGAAAAGAGCUACCGGGUGGAAAUCCCUGUUCCACCGUCUCCUCCACCCCAACAGACGUCAAAGUCUCAGACAGUGGUGUGCGUCUGUAAUGACAAUGUGAGGACAGUAGCCAUGCCCCCUGAUCCAGUUGACAGGGGGUCCCGCUUGGCUCGGGCUGGCCCCAGCCACAGGACAGAGGAGAACCGGCACAGUCCUCAAGCGGACCCAGGAUCAGCUAGACCCAGACCCCUUAUUCCCUCAGUACCUGGGGGCGCACAGUUGCAGUAUCCCUCUUCCCGCACCACAGAGACCCCUGUGUACUCCCCUUCCUCAACUUCUAGACCCGGCCCGAUCUAUCCCGACACCUUAACCCCACCUGUACGGACACCUCUCACUCCUGCCUCACCGGACACAUUCUCUACUGCCGUCUCCCCCAACGCCAACCACUACUCACCCUCCCCGACAGCCCCCUCCACCUCUCCACACCAGAACAUUGACUGGAGAAACUACACCACCUAUAAGGACUACAUAGACGCCAAGAGGCUGCACACUUACGGCUGCCGCACCAUCCAGGAGCGCUUGGACAGCUUGCGUGCCGCCGCCAGUUCCAGUUCUGCCUACACCCAGCAACGUACAACGCCUCCUCCUAGUACCAGUCAGAGAGGGGUGCUGGGUUCUCAGGUCAGACGGAGGAGCUCCUCCAAUGACCGUGGGGUGGAUGCGCUUAGCCAGGAUAUUGCCGUGAUAACUCCGUUACGAAGUGCCUCUCAGGAGAGGCUCGGAGGUGGGGCGGAGAGGACGAUACCAACCAGGAACUGGCCUCGGAGCGCUUCCCAGGAUGCUCUGCCUUUCUCCACCCCAACAGGGAUCGCCAAACCUCGGGCGCGGUCUUGCGACUACCUGGGCCACCAUCCUGGAGAGCUGGGUGGUGUCGUCCCUGGAGACAGGGUAGGGUUGGAAGACAGCCUGAUGCUGUGCCGGGGAGAGGAAGCUAGAGCCAGCAGGCAGGGAUCAGGCCUGAGAGCUUUACCUCAUCUGAACAGGAGUCUCACUGGACAGGGGGAAGAAGGGCGAGGAAUGUCUAACUCACCUUUAGCUGCUCCUGUGUUUACUAAAGGUACGACAGAUUCUGCACAACCAUUAAGGACAGAUGGUGUCAUUGUGAGACCCUCACGUCUGCCCGUCAAAAACUCCAUCUCAGACCCCUCACCUGCCUUAUCCACCACUAAAACCACAGACCCUCUUAAAGACCAAAGAGCUAACAUCAUCGGCAACCACCUGGGCUACGCCUCUCCUCUGCAUCUGCAGCUCAGGGGCAGAGCUGACAGUCUGAAAAUGGAGAGCAGGUCGGAGGCUGGGUUGGCAGCCAGGUCCUCUUCUUGCUCUGGCCCCUCCUCUAAACUGCCCGUGCAGAGACAACUACAAAGCGGAGUUGCUCCCUCUCCUUCUGGUUCCUCCACCACUAACGGAGCUACGACCCAAAAGCCAAAAGUCAAAGAAACCUCCAUUUCCGCCAACACCCCAGUACGGACUAAUGGGGGUCAUGCAGACGGCGUAGAAGGACCUGAUGCAACAGUAGUGGUCCUAAGAAGGGAUAAAAACUCUGCAUCCCUUCACGUUCGCCCUCCGUCAUAUGUUCUAGCCGUCAAUGACAACCAAGGAGGAGUGACUCAUAUGUCACCACCAUUGGUGAAGGCAGGCUCCGCAGACGGAGCGAUGUGCUGGAUAUCGAAUGACAGCUGUAGGGACGUGCAUCUAAAGAGGCUGGGAGACACACGGCAAAAAUCUGGCUCCGACAACUUGGAUGACUCCCUGGAUUCCAUCCCCUUCAUAGAUGAACCAUCUAGUCCCGGUACUGACCAGGAGAGCGCACACAUUCCUGCCUCAGCUGUGAUAUCUGGAGCACCCAUCAUCACCACCAGCCCACCCAGCCCCCCUUCUCCGUCCCCUCUCAUCCGACGCCAGCUGUCUCAUGACCAAGAUUCUCUCCGUCUCACAAUUGUUGAGUCAGAUUCUGGUACUAAAACUGAGCGGUCCAAGUCCUACGACGAAGGUCUGGAUAACUACCGGGAAGAAAGCAGAGGGAGGUCCUUAAUACCUGGUCUGAAAAGUCUCCAGAAGGCUGUUGACAGGUCGUCAGAAGAUUCAGGGUCCAGGAGAGAUUCUUCAUCGGAUGUCUUCUGUGACGCCACCAAGGAAGGUUUGCUGCAUUUCAAGCAGCUUAACACAGACAAGGGCAAGCGCGUCGGAGGCGGUAUGCGCCCCUGGAAACAGAUGUACGCCGUGUUGCGAGGCCACUACCUCUGCCUGUAUAAAGACAAAAAGGAGGGGCAGGCUCACGCCAACUGUCAAGCGGUAGACGAACCCCUGCCAAUCAGCAUCAAGGCCUGUCUGAUCGACAUCUCCUACAGCGACACCAAGCGAAAGAACGUGCUGCGGCUCACGACGUCGGACUGCGAGUAUCUGUUCCAGGCUGAGGACCGAGAGGACAUGCUAGCCUGGAUCAGAGUCAUACAGGAGAACAGCAACCUGGAUGAGGAGAACGCGGCCUUUACCAGCCAUGACCUCAUCAGCCGGAAGAUCAAGGAGUACAACACCUUGAUGAGCCCGACAGGCAGCAAGACAGAGCCGUCACCCAAACCGUCACGCCAGUCGCUGAGCAUCAGACAGACGCUGCUGGGAGGUAAAGGAGAGACCAAAGCACAGAGUCCACACUCCCCCAAACCGGAGCAGGAGAGAAAGAACAUGCACAAAGAUGACACCAGCCCUCCCAAGGAUAAAGGGACGUGGAGGAAGGGCAUCCCGGGGCUGAUGAGGAAACCUUUCGAGAAGAAGCCGUCUCCUGGAGUCACGUUCGGAGUGAGACUGGAUGACUGUCCUCCCGCACAGACUAACAAGUUCGUGCCUCUGAUCGUGGAGGUUUGUUGUAAGCUGGUGGAGGACAGAGGGUUGGAGUACACAGGCAUCUACAGAGUCCCUGGAAACAACGCAGCCAUCUCCAACAUGCAGGAGGAGCUCAAUAACAAGGGCAUGAAUGACAUCGAUAUCCAGGACGAUAAAUGGAGGGAUCUCAACGUGAUCAGCAGUUUACUUAAAUCCUUCUUCAGAAAGCUUCCAGAGCCGUUGUUCACAAACGAUAAGUACACAGACUUCAUAGAGGCCAACAGAAUAGAGGACCCAGUGGAGAGACUCAAAGUGCUCAAGAGGCUGCUUCAUGAGUUACCUGAUCAUCAUUAUGAAACCCUCAAGUUCCUCUCAGCUCAUCUAAAAACUGUCGCUGAAAACUCAGAGAAGAAUAAGAUGGAACCGAGGAACCUGGCCAUCGUGUUUGGUCCCACUCUGGUGCGCACCACAGAGGACAACAUGACCCAUAUGGUGACUCACAUGCCAGACCAGUACAAGAUAGUAGAGACCCUCAUUCAAAAUUAUGACUGGUUUUUCACUGAAGAUGGAAACGGAGAUCCAGUGACCGUGUCCCAUGAGGAGAGCGCAGUGGAGUCUCAGCCUGUCCCCAACAUCGACCACCUGCUCACCAACAUCGGUCGCACAGGCACAUCGCAGGGUGAAGUAUCAGAUUCACCGACUAGUGACUCAGCUAAGUCAAAGGGUUCCUGGGGCUCAGGGAAGGACCAGUGCAGCAGAGAGCUCCUGGUCUCCUCAAUCUUUGCUGCAGCCAGCCGCAAAAGAAAGAAGUCAAAGGAGAAGCCGCAGCCUAGCAGUUCAGAUGACGAUCUGGAUGCAGUUUUCCCCAAGAAGGAAAUCCCUGGCCAGAAGCCGAACCACCACAGCCUCCAGACCGAGACGCAGAGCGAGACUCGCCCUAGCCCCAACACGAAACCCAACGCCAAGCAACAAGUACGGGCGGAGGAGAGGAAAGAGAACGGGAGAACUGUGGAGCUGACACCUAAAGCCAAGAGAGAGCAUCGAAACUCCUCGUUCCUGAAGGAGAAGACUCCACCCAGACACCCCUCACCUUCCCCCUCCCCGUCCCCAAAAAUCUCCGGCUCUCCCAACAUCAGCUACCAAACAGUCGCCGGAGGGAAAUCCUCCAUGUCGGAUCCCCCGUCCCAGCUGGAUGAAAACACCUCCGACCUCGGGACCAUGAGCUCCGGAGCGUCGGUGCAGCGGUCACGGCCGAAAAAGUGGACCGGAGGAACGUCCCCCGACCUGCCAGCGGGAGCGUGCACCGGGUUGGGAGCAGGUGCGGGAGCUUCGGCCGGCGCGGAGGUGAGCUCCAUCACCUCGGACUACUCCACCACUUCUUCCAUCACGUUCUUGACCGGAGCGGAGUCGAGUGCGCUCAGCCCGGAGCUGCAGGGUGGGGAGGAGGCGGACGACGAACGCAGCGAGCUCAUCAGCGAAGGACGACCCAUGGAGACAGACAGCGAGAACGACUUCCCGGUUUUCGCUCCGGGAGGCGGCAACAGCCAGUCCACGCCCUGCCCAGAGCAGAGUCAGGAAAAGACUGAAGUAAAAGGUGGAGCAGCCGAGGGGAGCACCACACCGAAACUGGAAGCACGGCGCCUUUUCCCCUCGCACAAAAUGAUCGAGUGCGACACCCUCUCCAGACGGUGGUCCCUAAGACAGAAAACCGACAGUGAAUCAUCGGUGGAAGGUGUUGCGGGCAGUGGAGAGCGCAGUGAGGGUAGGGCGGAGUCUUCCACGCGGCUGUCCCGAGUCCUGGAGGUGAUGAAGAAGGGGCGGUCCACCAGCAGCCUCAGCUCGUCUUCACGCAGCGAGUCGGAGCGUCCCGAACCGGCCUGGCACCUUAAGAUCACCGAGCGGCUCAAGUUCAGGUUACGCACGUCCGCCGACGACAUGUUCACCCAGAAGACCCGCACUCCUGACGCUCGCGGCAAGAAGAAGAACAUCCGGCGGAGGCACACCAUGGGCGGCCAGAGAGACUUCGCAGAGCUGGCGGUCAUCAACGACUGGAGGGAGCAGGGCGGAGUGGACCAGGCCGCCGAACUGUCGGCCCUGGACCGACUCAAGCCCAAAUGCUCCUCUCAGGACUUAUCCAUCCGGGACUGGAUCACCAGAGAGCGGUGCAGGGGCGGGGGCUCGGAGUCCAGCGUCGAGGUGGUCGCGCCCAAAGCCGUCCCCGAGGACGACAACACAGAAGCCCAGACGGACGUAGCUCCCGAAAGACCGCCUCCUCCCGCGUCUCCGGGCGCACAGCCGCUAACGGGGGAGCACGUUAACGGUAGCGGGCUGGCAAACAAAAGCAAAGCCUCCAUCGGGGCAGCAGACGCGCACCCACACAAACUCUCUGGAGCACAAGUCGUCCGCUCACGGUUCUACCAGUAUCUGUGAAACGGCAAGAGCGGUCUUGUCUAGUGUGUCUGCGAAAGAGGGGGAGGGGUUUAAAAAAAAAAAACAUGAGAGAAUGAAUGCGUAAUUGUACGAAUGUGGGUAUUUUAGCUAAGGUUACUGCACAAUAUUUUUUCUACAAAGUAUACUUUAUGUAUCUACUGUACAUACUGUGUAUAGGCUCACAACAUGAUUGUUACUGGAAUAAUGCUGAAGAGAUGUUUUAUGUAAUUCCACUGACUCGUUGGCCGUACUGGAACAGACACGGAAAGAACACGGGACUUCCUCCUUUAACGCAAGAAUGUGACUUCGCUGUCGAUAUGUGACGAUGUUAAUAGGACAGACAUGAACUCUGUGGAAUGUUUUACAGCACUAAUGAAUUGACUAUUACUGAAGAAUCCGUUAGCGACUCUGCAGGAGGAAGCCUUUUUUUUUUUUUUUUUUUUUUUUUUAAGGAAUCAUUCAGUUCUUCCUAUUAUAAGCGGUAUGAAGAAUGUAUAACUCUUUUCGUAUUUGGACUAACACUAGUUGCUUGUGACAGUAUCGUCAUUUUCAAAAUAAUAUGUAUGUGUUUUGGGUUUUUUUUUUUGCCUGUACUUGAAGUAUGUUGAUAUAAUCGAGGGCUGCUUUCUGAGCUGGGUGCUGUGGGAAGUUUGUUUUUUGUUUUUGUUUUUUUUGUUUUUUUUUCACAGCACAGUCACAACAGCCAGAUAUUAGCUUGAGGGACUGGAGGAUUAUUAUAGUUUUAUCAAAUAAAGACUGAAAAACAUAAUGAAAUGCUGAUACUAGAGUAUGUAAUGCUUGGUACAGUAGUUUUUAUUUCCAAACUGUGUCCAUUUAUAGUCCAAAAAGUAAGUUUUUACAUAUGUGUGAAUUGUUUUUAUCUCAAAAAAAAAAGUGCCUCUUUUUUUUUUUUUUUUUUUUAAACUGUUUUUACCAACAGUUGUCAAGACAAGAAGGAAAUUUAAAAAAAAAAAUACAUUUUUAGAAGAGCAUAAUCUCACAGGCAUUCCAGAGAUUUUUGUUUUGUUUUCCUUUCUGUUUUUUAGUUUCUCACCACGACAUCAGCAUUGAAAUUUACAUCAAUGUCUGUGUUUCAUUGUAGUUUUACUUCAUUUUUACCCCCCCCCCCCCCCCCCCCCCCUCCCCACAUCUGUAUUUUUCAAGUGCAGUAAAAUGCAUGGGCGCUUAAAACCUGGGAGAAAAAAACUUUGUCUUUGAAACUGCAUGAGACAACGUUUUCUGAACAGUGAACAUCUCGCCUGUGUACAGCAGAUCAUGGGUGCAAUGCCCUCCCUCAACAAACACUGGAAAUAAAUAAUCUUUAUUA